AUGCCGACGGUGAUGAUAAUGGUGGUAUUGAUGCUGUGGGUUCCAAGGGUGCAAUCCUCCAACUAUGAGUUGUGCAAGUUGCUGUGCAGGCUUGAAUGUAGUUUUGUGGAGCACAGGAAAGGUUGUAUUUUGAAAUGUAUUGCGAACAACUGCCGACGCCCGAUCCCGGAAGGCGUCGGCUAUUGCAGGCUUGGUUGCGUGAUCUCUACGUGUUCUGGCUUCGGGAGUGAUGCUGAUGCCGACAAUGCGUCAAGAUGUGCGGAUGCAUGUUCUGAUAGUUGCACAAAAUCUUACAAUAUUGCCUCAAUUUCGACUAUGAAGAACCAGAAAAACAAUUGA